AUGCCUUUCAUUUACUCACUCUCAACAACAAUACACAGCACCAACUCUCAAAAUCAACGAGAAAUCAAUUUUGAAAGUUUUCUCUCCAACGACGAAUGUAAACAAGUCUUUAAAGAAUUUCUCUCCAGAAGCAAAUGCGAUGAAAUUAUUCUAUUUUGGGAUGAACUGAAUUCUUACAAAUCGUAUUAUCAACAAGUAUUGACAUUUUACAAGAAGAGUUCGAUUCGAAAGAAAAACAAGCUCGUGUUGAGUUUGGUUGAACGAGUCAAUUAUAUUGUCAAUACAUUCAUCAAUUCGAACAGUGUGCUUGAACUAAAUUUGGACUCGAAAAUCAAAGUUCGAGUGUGUGAAGUGUUGGAAAGUGUCAAUAAGAAAUUGAGUGUUGAGGGUGAUGUAUUUUCAAUGCUGAAUGAUGAUCCCAUUGAAGUGUUGACUUGUACUAUGGAUCAUUUACAUCCUAUUCACUUGUUUGGUGACGUUGAAACAAGUGUCUGUAUUGAUUUGAAGAGUCAAAUUCCAACAUUCAUUCGAAGUAGCAUUGGUACUUCCUUUUUUUUGACCAAGGGAGCAGAAUUCUUUAAUCGAAUGGAUUUUUCAUAUCCUACAUGUCAACUCUUGUAUCUUUUCAAUAAUUCUUUCACCUGUCAUGCCGAUGAAAUUUCACAUGCGAUUGCAUUGGGAAGAGACAAUGCUUACACUCAAUGGCAAUGUAUUAAGAAGAGUUCUGAAUCAUUUCCAUAUGAAUUACAUAUGUCUCAACCAUCAUUUGGUUUCAGAAUUGCAAAAUUAGAAAUGUUAGUUCCAAUUGAAAAAGAUGAAUUGAUUCAAAUUUUUGCAUCGAUGGAAUUUUUGAAAUUGAUCGAAGAUGUGAGUGAGGUACAGUGCAAAAGUCAAACACCGACACCGUUGAGUGAAGGAGGAACACCAAGAAAUAAGGAAAUCGAUUUGGGACUAGUAAUUUCUAGUAAUCAUGCACAAAUCUCAAUGCCUCAACAAGUGUCACCUGUCACUCCAGUGUCUUUAUCCAUGGAUCUCGAUUCAACGACAGCAAAAUCCAUCAGUGAACCCUCAACCACUCCAUCCUCACCUUCUUCUCCUCGUAUUCAACUUUGCACUUCGUCUCGUCUCUUAACACAAACUCCAAAUUCUAUCUUUUCCAAAAAAGAAAAAACACUCGAAUACAUCCAAACCACUGUCUACGAUCCUGACAUUGACACUGUCAUUCAUCUCUCCAAAACUUUGGAUCAAGGUGAAGUGAGUUUUCUUUCCCCACGAAUUCCUUCAUUACGAACGAUGGAUUUUUCGUCCAAAAUUUUUCGAAAGAAUUCCAAUGUGAAAUCUGAACCUCAUGGACAAAAACAACACUUUUCACAUUUCCUUUUUCAGAAUCAUCCAGUAAUGAAGAAUAGCUGUUUAUUGGUGAAUAUUUUUAGCUGUGAAUCAAAUUUUAGAUGUAAACAACAGAUGAAGGCUAGAACCACACGAAUGAUGAAUGCCCUUAAUCAUUGUUUUGAAUUGAGGAAAUGUCAAACCACUGACCAAAAUUACAAAAAUAGAAAAAGUCGAACAGAAUCAUCUGCAUCGAGUAGUUCUUGGUCAAGUGAAAAUAGCAACACAUUACAGGAUCCCACUCGAAUGAACCAUUCUUCCACCACAUUACUGGAUGAUCCUCUUGGUAUCAUUCAAUCACUUCAAGAAAAUAAUGAAAAAUUUCCACACAAGCGAUGGACCAAAUGUCAAUAUUAA